ACAAUCUGGUCACACUAAGCUUUACCAGCAACAAGUUGAUUUUUUUUAUUCAAUUUUUUGAUCCGGCCCGCAAAACAACAAACUUUGUUACUGCGAGUCUUAUUUUAGUCGUUGUGAUUAUUAUUUAAAGAAAAAAGUAAAAAAACCGUCUAAAAGAAAUCGCAUCAGUAAACGUGUUCUAUAUAUUUUUUUUCUGUGGUUCAGUUAACUGUUUUGUUGUUACUUCGUGUGUAGAAUUUGUGAAAAGAGAAAGUUCUGCCGCUGCGUCUUUCCCCGCCUCUCUUUCUACCAUUUACAGUCGUGGCCAAAAAGUGCGCCUGCGCAGCGACAAUUUCACAAGAAAUCGAGGUCGAUUGAGUGUAGUCUCCAUUUGUUUUAGUAACCCACUUGGAGCACCAUGGGCACCAAGCAGACGGUUUCCCCAGUCGCCAGCAAGGGCAAAUCCAACGAUCCUCCCAGCGCAUCUUCAUCAAAAUCGAAGUCCAAUGGCAUCCAGAUCCCGAGCAAGGGCAAAAACAAGGAGAUGAACGCUCUGCCGCCACAGAAAUCGGUGGUGGUGGCCUAUCUCUGCUGGCUUUUUGGUGGAAUCUUCGGGCUGCACCAUCUGUAUCUGCACCGCGAUCGCCACGCCUUCAUUUGGUGGUGUACCCUGGGUGGCUACAUGGGCAUCGGCUGGAUGGGCGAGCUCUUCCUGAUCCCCGAGUAUGUGCGGGAUGCCAACGAGGAUCCGAGAUUCGUCAAGCAGUUUGUGGCCAAGCUGCAGGCGUACCCGAAACCCACAUACUCCUCAAAGCGAUUCGUGGGCCAGGUGAUGAUCGGCCAUCUCUUUGGCCAGGUGUGCUCCAUGGCCAUACCGGAAACGCUUGUCGGUGGCUGGGAUCUGAGCAUCCUCCACUGGGCCAUACCGCUCUUCGUGUCGUUGGGCGUUUGGCUGGUCGGCAACAUUGGACGUGAGCAGGGCGUCUGGUGGCAUUGCCUUUUGGCCGCCUAUCUGGCCUAUCCGGCCAGGUAUCUCAUCUACGACGAGACCUACUCCCUGCUGCUCACUGGCCUCGUCUCCGCGCUGACCUUCGAUGGGCUGUCCAAGCAGUGGCGCAGAACCCCACCACGACGAGGAAGCGCCGGCGAAAGGACCUUCAAGCUGACCACCGCUGUGAUCAUCUAUUGCGCCUUCUGGGGCAGCUUCCUGUACUUCAAUGGCACCAUUUCGGACGAGGACGGCGGCGAGGUGCCCAUCCACGAGGCCCUCCACAACUUCCUGGCCUCCGCCUGGUGGACCGACCUCAAGCAGGCGCUGCUGGACACCUACAACUAUGCCCAACAUCAUGGGUGGUACGAGACAUGGAAGGAGGUGUUCGAGAGCAUGGACGUGGAUGGCGAGAGGAACUCGUACAAGGUGCUAGGCGUGAGUGCCACCGCUUCGCAGGCGGAGAUCACCGCCGCCUACAGGAAGCUCUCCAAGGAGCACCAUCCCGACAAGGUCAAGGACGAGGCUCUGCGGGCUCAGGCCCACCAGCGCUUUAUCGAAAUCCAGCAGGCCUACAGUGUGCUCAGCAAGAUCAAGUCCAAUCGGCGACGCAAGAACAAACAGUUCCAGCAGGACGAAGCCAUCGUCCUCUGAGUGCAGCAGUCGUCCAUUUAGUCGUAGUUAGCUGGCCUCUUUCGAGUUCAGUAAUUAUUAAAUUAUUAAAUUCAUUAAAUAAGAUGCCCAUCUGUUGGGGAUUUAAUUCUCA